AUGGGGUCUACAAGCAGUUCUACAGUGGAUGACCUGCAGGCCGUGGAGAUCCACCACUGGUACAAGAAGUUUAUGACCGAAUGUCCAUCAGGGCAGCUCACCCUCCAUGAGUUCAAGCAGUUCUUUGGCCUCCGAGGACUCAGUGAGGAAGCCAACAGCUACAUAGAGCAAAUGUUCCGCACGUUUGACAUGAACAAGGAUGGGUACAUUGACUUCAUGGAAUAUGUUGCUGCUCUUAGUCUUGUUCUUCGGGGAAAGAUUGAACAGAAGCUGCGCUGGUAUUUCAAGCUUUAUGAUGUGGACGGCAAUGGCUGCAUUGACCGACAUGAGCUGCUAAACAUUAUAAAAGCAGUGAGAGCAAUUAACGGAUGUGAUCAUGAUACAAGUGCAGAGGAAUUCACUAACCGAGUGUUUGAGAGGAUUGAUAUUAAUGGUGAUGGGGAGUUGUCUCUUGAGGAAUUUGUUGAGGGGGCACGGAAGGACGAAGAAUUCAUGGAUGUGAUGAUGAAGAGUUUGGAUCUGACUCACAUAAUGACAAUGAUUAACAAUCGUAGACACAGUGUGUGA